GAAGAAGGACAAAAGGACCAAUCAGACGUGCCGUCUACAAAUCAACAAGGAAGUCUUUUCAAGGCGCCAAUUUCGCAUCGUCGUUGAAAUUGAAAUAGUUUUUCUGUGUAUCGUCUGUUUUUAUUCGGCACUAACGUUUUGACAAUGACUGAGAACACCUUCCCUGUUUAUACUGCGGAUGCAAUAGUGAACUUCUACCGAACAGAAGUUCUCACUGGCCAAGAGGCCAAACACUUUACUAAGAGCGACCUGACUCCUGCUCCGAAGCCAGAGGCAGUUCAAACAUUGUACAUGAGAGUGCUGCAUCUCCUGUAUCGUUUCAGACCAGAGUGUCACUCUAUGGUUCCACUUCUGGAGAACAUUCAGUAUCCAGUAUAUCAUGAGGGGGCAACUGCUAUCAUGAGCGUCUACAUGCGCAUGCGGCAAUUUCUGCCUAUGUGCUUGGUGUAUGAUUUCUCAUUGAAUGACCUUCUAGCCCCAAAAAAACAGAAGACUCUGACAGUUCUCAGUGCAAUCAUGAACUUUCUUCACUUCAGGAAGCAGAGGAUGGACAUGAUCUUGGAGAAGCAGGCCAAAUUUAGGGCAGACAUGGACAGGCUUCAGGCUUACACCAAAGGCAAUCUAGAGGCAGAGAAGAAGAUUGAGAUGCUGACGACCAUCCCACCAGAGCAGCAGGCCGAGGCAGACGAGCUGGCAGCGGCUCUCUCUGAGCUGCAGGCCACCACCAUGCAUGAAUACCAGGAUGUGAAUGCUAAAAACGACUGCAUCGCAGAGUUGAAAACCAAAAUUGCAGAGAAGUCUCAGAAACUGGCCCAGGUUAAAUUGGACGUCAGCAACCUGAAGGAAGACAUUAGCAAACUCAAGUCUCAGAUUGUGGAGUCUCCGGACGAGCUGAAGAGUCAGAUGGAGAAGAUGAGGGAGAACGUCAAGAACAUCAAGAACUCCAUUAAAGAAACAGAUGAGCGUGUGGUGGAGCUGCAGAACAUGGUGCAGAGUGUGAGUCACACUGAGGCCGAGAUCCAGCAGAUGUACAACCUGCUGCAGGACCUGGAGAGCAGCAUGAACAAUACCAAGCAGAGACAAGAGACGCACCAGGAGCUGACAGCUCAAUAUGAGAAGAAGCAGAAGGAGCUGAAGAACCUGUGUAUCGAGGAAGGCCAGGUAAAGCGAGCUCAGGGCAUGAAGCUGGACAAGGAGACCAAACAGAACAUCCGGAGACAGAUGAAGAGAGAGAUGAAGGAGCAGCAUGUCCAAGAUGUUUUGGGGCAAUGUAACCAAAUCCAUCAGAAGCGUGAGGAGAUGGCCGACAAAAUCCAAGAGAUCUCAGGAGAGACGCAGCAGCUGAAGGCCAAGAUCCAGAGCCUGAGAGAUGUCUGCAGCAAAGAGACAGAGAAAGCUCAGGCUCUGUACGAUACCCUGUCAACUUCAGUGGAUGACUUGCACAGGAGAAUUGAAAUGCACGUUGUGGACCUGAAAGAAGAUGUCAUCAAGAUGUCUGCAAACUUUUAAAUGGAUCAGUUUUCAUUUUUGUCAGUUAUAUUACCGUGUUACUGUUUAUAUGUCCUGUUUUUACUUUUUUCACAUUGUAUUGCCUUUUGACCAUUAGUAUUUAAAAUGUUUAACAAAGAGUUGUAUUUUAAUGAAAGUAAUAGCUGUCAUCUAUAUCAUUGGUUAAUAAAUUCAAAGCUUCAGAAUGUAAAAAGUAAAGCGUCUUAUAUUCAGGAAUUGCAAGGCGGUAGCUCUAUGUUAACAUUGUUGUACUGUUGUACAUCAUACGUUUUGUACAUUUGUUCUGUGAUCAGUCAUGGCCAAACUUUCUUUUAUGGUGAAACUAUGUAUCUUUUAAAUGUAAAAAAAAAAAAAAAGGGAAAUUCUUGAACAUAAAAAACUAAAGUCAGAUUUCCGGAUAAUAAAAAUCAAAAACCAAAACAACUGUUACUUCGAUUUUGGCCACAAAUCCCGCUUUUUAUAAAACGGUCGGGUAAGACCGGACGUGCCGGCUAGGAGAUAGCAUCUCUGUGUCCCCAAGCAACACGCUGUGAACAAAUCAGGGAUUGAUAGGAAACAAGGAGCUAGGGAGCUCUUGUUCCUGCCAUGUGCUAUAGUUGUGUGGCUCCUCUUUCACACUGCAGAGGUAUGUAGCCUGACACAAUGGCUUGCUUUAUGUGGACACUGUUUUAGCUUCUUCCCUGGGGGUAUUCUAGUGAGGCUUCCUGGUUGGAACCCUUUUCGUACCACAGUGGUAAGUAGGGCCUGGACAACCGUGAAAUCGUUUUGUUGUAUAUGCAGAUUGAGGAUCAUUCUAAUUACUUCUGUCUGGUUUGGGUUUUAAGUGCUUGCCAUAUUUUACCAUUGUUUAGACAUUGCUCCUUUUAACCAUUUAAAAACUGUGUUCAGCAUUUUAAACAGCUGGUAACUUUGUAGUUCCUCCUCCUUACAUUUAUUGUGUAGACGUGAGUACUGGUGUACCGGGGAGGCCAGCCACCCUGGGUGAGGUCCCUUCACAGUUCGCUGUGGUUAAAGGCUCUGGGACAAGCAACUGGUUCACCCAUUUGCUGGGUGAGUGUGGUUAGGUUGCCGUGGCUGCACUAGUU